CUGCCCUCAGCUCCCAGUAAUACAGUUGCAAGGUUAGCUCCAAACACCAGCAACAGAGAGAUAUUUCAAUUUUUGGUCGGGCCGUUUGGUCAUCAAGUAUUACCAAUUAAGGUUGAAAGAAAUCAGAAAUGGAUCAGCUUCAGCAUUUCAGUCACGACCAUCCAUUGAUGUUCAAGGAAGAGGAGCAGAAGAAUAAAGAUGGUGCAGCACUAGUUUGCUCUGCGUGUGGGAAGCCGGUGCAUGGUCCUAGCUACAGUUGCAACCAGUGUUCUGAAUCAUACAUUCUCCACAAGUCAUGCGCGGAGCUCCCCCGUGAGAUACAAUACCCGAUACACCCGAAACAUCCACUUGUUCUUCUCCCAGAUCAAAAUUAUCGUUGCGAUGAUUGUCGCGAAUUCCGUUCUCACGUAUUCUCUUACAGAUGUGAGCAAUGUGACUAUGGUAUUGACCUCCAAUGUGCUCAUUCCGAUCCGAGCAACAAAACAUGGUUGGAACACUUCAGUCAUGAGCAUACACUGAUCCUUAUAACACGAUCAGGAGGUCUACCAGUUGUUUGUCAAGGGUGCCAGGCGAAAGUAGAUACGGCUUACUCACCUGAACGACUAUAUCGUUGUAGCCGCAUUCUUUGCCGCUACUAUCUGCAUAAGUCAUGUGCCGAGAUGCCUCCUGAGUUUCAUCACCCGAUGCACACCAAACACCCGCUUAUUCUCAACAGAGAUGAGGCAAAGCAUCACCUUUGUGAAGCGUGUAACCAAGAUUGCAGUGGGAAAUUUACUUACAGUUGCUCUCAGUGUUUCUUCAACCUUGACCCAAAGUGUACUAUCAACUGGACAGACUUUAAACAUUUCAGUCACAUCCAUCCACUGAAAUUGAAGGAAGCGGAGCAGAAAUGUGAAGAUGGUGCAGUAGCAGCAGCAGGUCCACCAGUUGCAUGCUCUGCGUGUGGGGAUCCAGUGGUUGAUCCUAGCUACAGUUGCAACCAGUGUCCCCAAUUCAUUCUCCACAAGUCAUGUGCUGAGCUCCCGCGCGAACUGCAUCAUCCAAUACACAACAAACAUCCACUGGUUCUUCUCCCAGAUAGAAAUUACAGAUGUGAUAUUUGCCGCAAAUCCCAUUCCGGCAAGUUCUCUUACAAAUGUAAGCCAUGUGACUUUGACGUUGACCUCCAAUGUGCUUCUGUUAUAAACAAUAUAAAAUACUUGCAACACUUCAGCCAUGAGCAUGCACUGAUCUUUGUGGAAGAUCCAGAAAACCGAGAGGGGAAUUCACCAGUUGGUUGUAAAGGCUGUGGAGAGCGAGUACUUGGUCCAAGCUAUUGUUGCAGCCGGUUUCUCUGCCAUUACACUCUUCAUAACUCAUGUGUGGAGCUGCCCCUUGAGUUUCAUCACCCGAUGCAUACCAAACACCCACUUAUUCUCAACAGUGGUAGAGCAAAACACCUUUGUGAUGCUUGUAACCAAGAUUGCAGCGACAAAUUCACUUACAGUUGCUCUCAGUGUUUUUUCAACCUCGACCCUAAGUGCACUUUCAAUUGGACAGACUUUAAACAUUUCAGUCACAUCCAUCCACUGAAAUUGAAGGAAGCGGAGCAGAAAUAUGAAGAUGGUGCAGCAGCAGUAGCAGGUCCACCGGUUGUAUGCUCUGCGUGUGGGGAUCUACUGCUUGGUCCUAGCUACAGUUGCAACCAUUGUCCUGAAUUCAUUCUCCACAAGCCAUGUGCCGAGCUCCCGCGCGAACUGCAUCAUCCAAUACACAAGAAACAUCCACUGGUUCUUCUCCCAGAUAGAUAUUACAGUUGUGAUAUUUGCCGCAAAGCCCACUCCGGCAAAUUCUCUUACAAAUGCGAGCCAUGUGACUUUGAUGUUGACCUCCAAUGUGCUCCUGUUAUAAGCAAUAUAAAGUACUUACAACACUUCAGCCAUGAGCAUGCACUGAUCUUUGUGGAAGAUCCAGAAAAACGAGAGGGGAAAUCACUGGUUGUUUGUAAAGGGUGUGGAGAGCGAGUACUCGGUCCAAGCUAUUGCUGCAGCCGGUUUCUCUGCCACUACACUCUCCAUAAGUCAUGUGUGGAGCUGCCCAAUGAGAUGCACCAUCCGAUACACCGCAAACAUCCACUUAUGCUUCUCUCAGGUAGAUACUACAGAUGCGAUAUUUGUCGUCGAUCUCAUUCCAACUUAUUCUCUUACAGAUGUGAAGAUUGUGACUUCGACCUUGACCUCCAAUGUGCUUCCAAUUUAAGCAAUAUAAAAUGCUUGGAACACUUCAGUCACGAGCAUGAACUGAUCUUUAUGGAAGAGCCCAAAAGAAAAGACGAGGGUUCACCAGUUGUCUGUGAUGGAUGCCUUGAGCAAGUGUUUGGUCCGAGUUACUGUUGCAGCCGUUAUCGUUGUUACUAUACUCUCCAUGAGUCUUGUACAAAGCUCCCCUCUGAGUUUCGUCACUCAAUGCAUACCCAACAUCCACUUAUUUUACACAAAGAUAGUGGACGAGGAAACCGGUGUGAUGCAUGUAACCAAGAUUGCAGCGGCAAGUUCACUUACAGCUGUUUCCAGUGUGAUUUCAAGCUUGACAAAAACUGUACCAUGAAUUGGACUGGUUUUAAACAUUUUAGUCACGAGCAUCCAUUAUUGUUGGAGAGAGAGCCAAAAGAGAGAUGUACUGGUCCGCUAUUCUGCGACGGCUGCCAAGACCCAAUACUUGGCCCUACUUACACAUGCAUCAAUACCUUUCGACGUCGCAGAUGCGGCUUCAAUCUCCAUCAAAAAUGUGCAGAGCUGCCCCAUAAAAUUGAGCACCCGAUGCACAAUAAACACCCACUUUUUCUUCUGAACAUUCUACCGGACAUCAAGGUACGCCGCAUUUGUAAUGUUUGCAAUGAACCUUGCAGAUUCCUGUAUAGCUGUUCCAACUGUGACUUUAACCUUGACCUCAAGUGUGCCUCAAAUUGGCAAAAUAUUAUUGCAAAUGACUCUCACGAGCAUCAGUUCACAGUUCUCCGGAAGAAAAUGUCUGAUCUCCGCGUUAAUUGUGACGUUUGUGGUGAGUUUUGGACUGGCACGGUCUACUACAUGUGCUCCAUUUGCCAGCUCUUGGUCCAUAAGGAAUGUGCUUCAUUACCACACGACAUCAAAAAACCUGACCACCAGCACCAAUUGAAGCUGACCUGGUUCCUUGAAAAUAUGUACCCCAACAAUCUGUCAUGCAAAGUGUGCUCCAUAAGCAUUGAUAAAUGUCGCGCUGCUUAUUGUUGCGGUGAAUGCAGCAGUUAUGUUGCUCAUGUUGCAUGUACAACAGCUGAUUACUCUCGAGAAGAAAGUUUCUGGGACAUUGCCCUGAAUGAUGAUGAGUCUGAUAAUGCUCCAGAGAUCAAACACUUCAGUCACCAACAUUUAUUAGCUGAUAAUGAUCCUUGUAAGGAAGUUAAAGAUGAGCACAAAUCAAUCACCUGUGAGGGAUGCAUCCGCCCCAUAACUGCCACCAAAGAAUCCUUUUACUGCUGCACCGAACAAGAAGAGUUGUGUUCCUUCUUUCUCCACAAGGUAUGUGCUCAAUUACCUAAAAAGAUACUUCUCCCUCUACUUCACCAACACCAGUUCACACUCCUCUCAAGGGCACCUUAUAUUGGUGGUGUUUUCACCUGUUAUAUGUGUGGUACUUUGAACCAAGGCUUCACAUAUACUUGCGAGGAAUGUGCCUUAUCAAAAGGCGAAACUGUUUUCUACCUCGAUCUUCAGUGCGUUGCUUACUGGGACAACAAGGCUCUCAAACAUGAUUCUCAUCUGCACCGCCUCUUCCUCGACACAGAAUGGGACAAGGAUGCCCGUUGCAACAGCUGUGGGUGUAAUAUAUAUUUCUGCUUUAGUUGUAAGAGAUGUGAAUUUCAUCUUUGUAUUCCAUGUGUUAGAUUACCUCUAACUGGUAGGCACCGAUACGACGAUCAUCCUCUCAAGCUCACAUAUGCCAGUGUCGAAUGCAACCUGGGUUACUAUUGUCAAAUAUGCGAAGGAACACGAGAUCCAAAACAAUGGUUCUACCGCUGCGACAAUUGUGACUUUGAUUGCCAUACUCAUUGCAUUCUGGGGAGGUUUCCACGAGUGAAGUUAGGGAGCACUUGCAAGCACGAUGAUCAUGGUCAACACCUCGUCACCCUUGUUGAUAAGGCAAGGAGCCCCAUUCGGUUCGAUAAGAGAGAAAAUAUUCUUCCCUGCGAGAAAUGCAGGCAACCUUGUAUAGGAUUGGUGUUUGAAUGUGGAGAGUGCAAUAUAAAUCUCCACCGAGAAGGAUAUUGCCAGUUAACAGAACUGGAGAGUUCUGCCAAUUAAGUCUUUAAAGAAGAGAUAAGUCCAAUGAUUCCAAAGUUCGUCUGUGUUUUAUCACGACAUCCAAUUUGUGUUGCUUUUCAUCUGUAAUUUUUAGUAUUCUUUUUAAUGUUUAUCACUAGUGAGUUGUGCUAGUACAAAAACUUUGUGUAAUAUUGUUUGGACUGAAAGCUUAUGUAAUAACGUAAUGAUAUAUGGCAUCUACCUUCAUUUGUAUGUGUUGUGAAAAUGAUUGUUACAAUUCUACUAAUUUUGAACAAAGCAAUGAACAUGUAAAGAGAAGUGAUGCAACAUAGUUCAAUUUAAUUCAAUUUCGGAAUUCAUAUAGUCGUAUAUAUAAUUAUAAAGUACCCCAGGUAAAAACUUAAUCAUUGAUUUAAUUCAGUUUUCUGGGCACGCAAAAAUCACGAGUUUCUAAGUAUUGAUGCUAUUGAUAUUUGGCUUAUGGAUCAUAAUCCUAUAAAAAUUCAAAAUAUUCACCAUCUUAGGAAGAUCUUAGCUUACACUAUUUUGAGUAUUUUUCAUCUGUAACAGAAUAUAAGUGAAUAUCAAGAAGAGUCAAGGUACAAAUAUUUCAUGAAAACAAAAAGGUGAUUAUAUUCUCUUUCUCUGGGAAAAACCAAACUUCACUCUACAGAAUGAAAGAGAAUGAAAAAGAACAAAAGGCAGAAGAGGAGCAAAUGAAAGUAAUGAAAAGGAACAUUACUUCUCCAUCACCUAAAUUUGUGUUACAGUAAUAGGUAAAUAACAAUUACUUAGUAUUGCAUAACUUGCAUUACAGAAUAUUGUUGGUCUACGGAAAUUAAAAAUUGUCUCAAGUCUCCACAGAAGAGGUAGGUGGGUAACUGUCUCUAAAUAUUAAACAACUCAUUAUGAUACAGUACGUUUGUGAUUGUGUUUCUA